AUGGAGCCGGUGAAUCUCAAUAGUAUGAGAGGUAGUAGUAUGAGAGGAAGUAUGAGAGGUAGUUUAAGAGCAAGUACAAGUAAUUCAAUAUGGAGAAACAAUGGUGUUGAUGCAUUUUCGCGAUCAACGAGAGAUGAAGAUGAUGAAGAGGCACUUAAAUGGGCUGCAUUAGAAAAAUUACCAACGUUCGAUCGACUGAGAAAAGGUUUAUUGUUUGGAUCACAAGGUGCAGCUAAUGAAAUUGAUGUAAAUGAUCUUGGAUAUCAAGAAAGGAAGAAUUUGCUUGAGAGACUUGUUAAAGUUGCUGAUGAAGAUAAUGAAAAGUUCUUAAUGAAACUCAAGAAUAGAAUUGAUAGAGUUGGGAUUGAUAUGCCAUCAAUAGAAGUGAGAUAUGAACAUCUAAAUAUUGAGGCAGAUGCAUAUGCAGGAAGUAGAGCUUUGCCUACUUUUAUCAACUUCAUGACUAACUUUGUUGAGACAUUGUUGAAUUCUCUUCACAUCCUUCCAAGUAAAAAGAGGCAAAUAACAAUUCUCAAAGAUGUAAGUGGUAUGAUCAAACCAUGUAGAAUGACUCUACUUUUGGGACCUCCGAGUUCCGGGAAGACUACUUUGUUAUUAGCAUUGGCUGGGAAACUUGAUCCUGCUUUAAGGGUUACUGGUAAUGUGACUUAUAAUGGACAUGAACUACAUGAAUUUGUGCCACAAAGAACAGCUGUUUAUAUCAGUCAACAUGACUUGCAUAUUGGAGAAAUGACUGUUAGGGAAACUUUGGAAUUUUCUGCAAGAUGCCAAGGAGUUGGCUCUAGAUUUGAGAUGUUGGCUGAACUGUCAAGAAGAGAGAAAGCAGCUAAUAUCAAACCAGAUCCUGAUAUUGAUAUCUACAUGAAGGCUGCAGCAACAGAAGGACAAGAGGCGAAUGUUGUUACAGAUUAUGUUCUUAAGAUAUUGGGACUUGACAUUUGUGCUGAUACUAUGGUGGGAGAUGAAAUGAUAAGGGGUAUUUCCGGGGGGCAAAAGAAACGUGUAACAACGGGUGAAAUGCUUGUUGGACCAUCUAAGGCGCUUUUCAUGGAUGAAAUCUCAACCGGAUUGGAUAGUUCAACUACUUUCUCCAUUGUUAACUCUCUAAGACAAUCGGUGCAACUCUUGAAGGGAACUGCUGUGAUAUCUCUGUUGCAGCCAGCCCCCGAGACUUACAACUUGUUUGAUGACAUUAUUUUGUUGUCAGACGGGUACAUUGUCUAUCAGGGUCCUCGAGAAGCUGUUCUUGACUUCUUUGAGUCCAUGGGAUUCAAAUGCCCCGAGAGAAAAGGUGCAGCAGAUUUCUUGCAAGAGGUAACGUCAAAGAAGGAUCAACAACAAUAUUGGGCUAAGAGGAAUGAGCCUUAUAGGUUUAUCACAUCAAAAGAAUUUUCCGAGGCAUAUCAGUCUUUCCAUGUUGGAAGGAAACUCAGCGAUGAGCUUGCAACUCCAUAUGACAAGACCAAAAGCCACCCUGCUGCUUUGUCUACUAAGAAGUAUGGUAUAGGGACGAAACAACUGUUGAAGGUCUGCGCUGAACGAGAAUUCCUACUAAUGAAGAGGAACUCAUUUGUUUACAUAUUCAAGCUCACUCAGCUUGCUAUAAUGGCACUUAUAACGAUGAGUGUCUUUUUCCGAACUAAGCUUCCCCGAGAUGAUAUGGAUGAUGGAGGAAUAUAUGCUGGUGCUCUCUUUUUCGUGGUCGUUAUGAUUAUGUUUAAUGGAAUGGCUGAGAUUGCCCUGACAAUUUUCAAGCUUCCGGUCUACUUCAAGCAAAGGGACCUUCUCUUUUUCCCUUCGUGGGCUUAUGCCCUUCCAACAUGGAUCCUCAAAAUCCCUAUAACAUUUGUUGAGUGCGGAAUGUGGACAUUCCUUACAUAUUAUGUCAUGGGAUUUGAUCCAAAUGUUUCAAGAUUGUUCAAACAAUUCUUACUUCUCGUACUAGUACACCAGAUGGCAUCAGCAUUGUUCAGAUUCAUCGGAGCAGUGGGGAGAACAAUGGGAGUAGCUAGCACUUUUGGAGCAUUUGCUCUUCUUUUACAAUUUGCACUAGGAGGAUUUGUCCUUGCUCGAGAGGAUGUGAAGAAAUGGUGGAUUUGGGGUUACUGGACCUCACCAUUGAUGUAUUCCGUGAAUUCAAUUCUCGUGAAUGAAUUUGAUGGAAAGAAUUGGAAACAUAUUGCGCCAAAUGGAACCGAGCCCCUUGGAGCUGCAGUCGUAAGAUCUAGGGGAUUCUUUCCAGAUGCAUACUGGUACUGGAUAGGUUGUGGGGCACUUUUCGGAUUCACGAUGAUCUUCAACUUCUUCUACAGUAUAGCACUCGCUUACCUGGACCCAUUUGGUAAGCCACAAGCUAUGAUAUCAGAAGAUGGUGAGGAUGCUGUUGAACUCACGGAGAGAAGUGAAACCGAGGGUCAGGACAAGAAGAAAGGAAUGGUUCUUCCAUUUGAACCCCAUUCCAUCACUUUCGAUAACAUUGUAUACUCUGUUGACAUGCCUCAGGAAAUGAAGGAACAAGGUUCUGCUGAAGAUAGAUUGGUACUUCUAAAAGGUGUGAGUGGAGCUUUCAGGCCAGGUGUUCUCACAGCUUUGAUGGGUGUUAGUGGAGCCGGUAAAACAACGUUGAUGGAUGUGUUGGCCGGAAGGAAAACAGGAGGAUACAUUGAUGGUGACAUUAAGAUUUCUGGAUAUCCAAAGAAGCAAGAAACGUUUGCACGUAUUUCUGGAUACUGUGAGCAAAAUGACAUCCAUUCGCCUUAUGUUACAGUUUAUGAGUCCUUGGUUUACUCAGCUUGGCUGCGUUUACCUCAAGAUGUUGACGAAAAUAAGAGAAAGAUGUUUGUUGACGAAGUUAUGGAACUUGUAGAGCUAGCUCCAUUAAGAUCAGCCUUAGUUGGACUCCCUGGAGUCAAUGGUCUAUCAACCGAGCAACGCAAAAGGCUAACAAUUGCGGUUGAGCUGGUAGCAAAUCCCUCUAUCAUUUUCAUGGAUGAACCAACUUCAGGGUUGGAUGCAAGAGCUGCUGCUAUUGUAAUGAGAGCUGUUAGGAACACUGUCGAUACAGGAAGAACUGUUGUCUGUACCAUUCAUCAGCCUAGCAUUGACAUUUUUGAAGCCUUUGAUGAGCUAUUUCUGAUGAAACGCGGAGGCCAGGAGAUAUAUGUUGGUCCUCUAGGUCGCCAUUCUUGCCAUUUGAUCAAAUACUUUGAGUCCAUGCCUGGAGUUGGUAAGAUUAAAGAGGCUUACAAUCCCGCAACCUGGAUGUUAGAAGUCACCGCGUCAUCUCAAGAAAUGAUGUUAGGGGUUGAUUUUGCUGAUUUAUACAAGAAUUCCGACCUCUACAGGAGGAAUAAAGCCUUGAUUGCUGAAUUAAGUACGCCUCGUCCUGCUACAAAGGAUCUACAUUUCGAAACACAAUUUUCACAGCCUUUCUGGACCCAAUGUAUGGCCUGUCUCUGGAAGCAACACUGGUCGUACUGGCGUAAUCCAGCUUAUACUGCAGUUAGAUUCAUUUUCACAACAUUCAUAGCACUUGUCUUUGGCACAAUGUUUUGGGAUCUUGGUACCAAAGUGAGUCGGAGUCAGGAUCUUAUCAACGCUAUGGGAUCUAUGUAUGCUGCAACUCUCUUCCUUGGUGUACAAAAUUCAUCAUCUGUCCAGCCUGUUGUAGCCGUUGAACGUACUGUAUUUUACAGAGAAAAAGCUGCUGGAAUGUAUUCUGCCAUACCUUACGCCUUUGGACAGGUUGUCAUCGAAAUACCUUAUGUAUUUGUACAAUCAGCUUUCUAUGGUGUCAUCGUGUAUGCAAUGAUCGGGUUUGAAUGGACUGCUGUCAAAUUCUUAUGGUACUUCUUCUUCAUGUACUGCACCCUCUUGUACUUCACCUUCUACGGCAUGAUGACAGUGGCUGUUACUCCAAACCAAAACGUUGCAUCCAUUGUCGCGGCCUUCUUCUAUGCAGUAUGGAAUCUCUUCUCAGGAUUCAUCGUUCCACGACCUCGUAUUCCAAUCUGGUGGAGAUGGUACUACUGGGCUUGCCCUGUUGCAUGGACCUUGUAUGGUCUCGUUGCAUCACAAUUCGGAGACAUCCAAACUCCUCUCACCGAUGAUGAAAAUGUUGAACAAUACUUAAGACGUUACUUCGGAUUCAAACAUGAUUUCCUUGGCGUUGUUGCUGCUGUGAUCGUCGCGUUGCCUGUUAUGUUUGCGUUGACAUUUGCAUUAGGCAUUAAGGCCUUCAACUUCCAGAGAAGAUAAAAGACACAACAAACUGUGUAUAUUGAUCACAACUUUGAA